UUUGAAGAGAGUUGGAUCGGAUAAUUGCAGGACAACUUUAAUUGCAAAGAUGGUUGACAAAUUUGUGGGAACAUGGAAAAUGAUCUCCAGCGAGAACUUUGACGAUUAUAUGAAGGCUUUGGGAGUGGGGUUCGCCACUCGUCAGGUGGGGAAUAGGACCAAACCCAAUCUUAUUGUUUCUGUGGACGAUCAAGGGACGGUAUGCAUGAAAUCACAGAGCACCUUCAAAACUACUGAAAUUAAAUUCAAGCUGAACGAGGCAUUUGAGGAGACGACUGCUGACGACAGGAAGACCACGACCGUUGUAAGCAUUGAGGAUGGCAAAUUGAUCCAAAAACAGAGCUGGGACGGAAAAGAGUCGGUAAUAGAGAGGGAGGUGGCAGAUGGAAAAUUGAUAGCGAAAUGCAAGAUGGGAGAUGUGGUGUCUGUGAGGACAUAUGUGAAGGAGGCAUGAUCUUAUUCUGACUGGAUCUGAAGAUGCAGGCUCAGUUCAAUGAGCCAAAUGCCUUAAGUAACACUGACACUUGCUUGUAUUCUUCGUUUUUAACACCAAAGUAAAUGCAUGCAGUGUAUUCUCAGUUGAUGUAUUCAGUAUUAAUCAUUAUGAUGCUUUAAAUAAACUUCUGACGUUUUUCAGCCUU